AAGGUACAAAGUUUCGCCUGCGGAAAACAUGGCGUCGCUGAGCGGUGUCCGCUGGCUGACCCGGGUGCUGGUCUCCGCCAGCAACCCCGGGGCAUGGAGAGGUCUGGGUACAUCGGCCGCGGCGCAAGCUGCCUCUCAGAGUCAGGCUGAGGACGUGAGGGUGGAGGGUGCCUUUCCCGUGACCAUGUUGCCAGGAGAUGGUGUGGGGCCUGAGCUGAUGCACGCUGUCAAGGAGGUGUUCAAGGCUGCUGGUGUCCCAGUGGAGUUCCAGGAGCACCACCUGAGCGAGGUGCAGAAUACGGCAUCUGAGGAGAAGCUGGAGCAGGUGCUGAGGUCCAUGAAGGAGAACAAAGUGGCCCUCAUUGGAAAGAUCCACACCCCGAUGGAGUAUAAGGGGGAACUAACCUCCUACGACAUGAGGCUGAGGCAUAAGUUGGAUUUAUGUGCCAACGUAGUCCAUGUGAAGUCACUUCCUGGAUACAUGACUCGGCACAACAAUCUAGACCUGGUGAUCAUUCGAGAGCAGACGGAAGGGGAGUACAGCUCUCUGGAACAUGAGAGUGCAAAGGGUGUGAUUGAGUGCUUGAAGAUUGUCACAUGAGCCAAGUCUCAGCGGAUUGCAAAGUUUGCCUUUGACUAUGCCACCAAGAAUGGGCAGGAGAAGGUCGUUGCUGUCCAUAAGGCCAACAUCAUGAAGCUUGGGGAUGGGUUGUUCCUGCAGUGCUGUGAGGAAAUUGCUGAACUGUAUCCCAAAAUCAAAUUUGAGACGAUGAUCAUAGACAACUGCUGCAUGCAGCUGGUGCAGAAUCCUUACCAGUUUGAUGUGCUGGUGAUGCCCAAUCUCUAUGGGAACAUUAUUGACAAUCUGGCUGCUGGUCUGGUUGGGGGAGCCGGUGUGGUCCCGGGUGAGAGCUACAGUGCGGAGUACUCAGUCUUUGAGAUGGGUGCCCGGCACCCAUUUGCCCAGGCAGUGGGCAGGAAUAUAGCUAACCCCACGGCCAUGCUGCUGUCAGCUGCCAACAUGCUGCGACAUCUCAACCUUGACUAUCACUCCAACAUGAUUGCAGAGUCGGUGAAGAAGGUGAUCAAAGUCGGCAAGGUGCGGACUCGAGACAUGGGCAGCUACAGCACCACAACCAACUUCAUCCAGUCUGUCAUCGGCCACCUGCACCCCUAUGGCAGCUAAAGCCCUUUAUUCCUUCCAACCUCACAAGGACCAUAUACUACCUAUACAUUCCUUCAGUACAGUGGACCAGGGAAGAGAUCUCGAACCUCUAGACAGUGGACCAUAGCCAUCUUUCUGAGCAGAGCCUAGGUUGUCCUAGGGCUGGCUUCCUUAGGGAACUGCAUCUGUUGGGUGGUGGUGGUGGGAGUGUUGGGGGUGGGGGUAGGGCCCAGGCUGCUGGGAUGAUGACAGUUCUCUCCCACAGGUUCGAACCUCUGACAUGGGUGGCUAUGCCACUUGCCACGACUUCACUGAGGCUGUCAUUGCUGCCCUGCCCCUCCCAUAGGUCCUGCCCAUACCUAUAUAAGAUGUUCAAUAAAAAAUGUGAUACAAAAAAAAAAAAAAAA